AUGUCCAUCUCCGCACGCGUCUUCAAGAACGGCUUCAUCCCCGCAGCCCGAACCCUUCCCCGCGCCACCAGCAAGACCGCCUCACCGUUCGGCCUCGGAUACUACCGCACCAUGGCCACCAGCGCAAAGGAGUUCCUGUGCAUCCUGCCAGACAAGCCGGACACGCUCGCUCAGCGGCUGGAAGUUAGACCCACGCACUUGGCCAACGCCCAGGCUCAAGCGGGCAAAGGAAAGGUGGUAGUUGGCGGCGCCAUGUUCGAGGAGCACCCCGUGGAGGGCACGACGCCCAGCUUCAAGGGCAGCGUCAUGAUGUACACGGUCCAGAACGCCGAGGAGGCCUGGGAGCUUAUCCGGAACGACAUCUACGCCCAGAAGGGCGUGUGGGAUCUCGAGAAGGCCCAGGUGAUUCCGUUCAAGUCGGCUUUGAGAGAGUCCUUGUAA